AGUGUCCCAGGCUUUCACAACUUGGAAUGUCCAGCAAUAUCCAACAUGUAAGCACGUCAAAGCAUUUUCUACACAGAAUCUGAAUCUCUCUCUCUCUCUCUCUUUUUCUCUCAUCUCUCAACAUGGAAUUUGAAAAGCAUGAAAAAGGAAGCUUAGACAAGAAUUUAGGCGAGAGGCUGACGGUCUCUUCUGGGGACUCUGAAGCCAAGCCUCUCAUCUUCAGCUUUGUCCCUACUGUUGGAAGACUUCCUGCCCACAUUCAGCUGGCCGACACCUCCCAAUAUGUUGUUAGAAUUCCUGAAGAGCCAGGUGAUAAGAGUCCAGAAAAUGUAAAUAGGUCUGAAUCCACUGAUGCAACUUUUAACCAUGGGAAUGAACCACAGAGAGUCCAAGGGACACUGACUUGCCUGUCACAGGUCUGUGAGAAGAACUCCCAAGGAAAAGGACCUGCAGCAAGCAACCUUCCAGGAAUGCAGCAAGGUGACCUCUUCAAGGCUGAGUAUGUCUUUACCGUGGACUCUGAAGGGGAAGAGGAGGUUACCAGCAGCAAAGCUAAACAGGGUGCUCCAGGGUGCACAGCUGGCACCGUGGCCCGGCCCAAGUCUCUAGCCCUGGCUUCCAGUCUGGUCUCUGGUGCAGUGCAUCCCCAGGUAUGGGGGCUUGGUCUCAAGGCCACAGCGCACAGUGAAGCUCCUCAGCAGACAGCCUCCCAGCAAAGGCAUGCACAGCAGUACAAGACCAAGUCCAGCUACAAGGUUUUUGCAGCAAUCCCUACAAACACAUUGCUUUUGGAACAGAAGGCACUAGAUGAACCAGCCCAGGCUGAGAGUGUCUCCAGGGACAGCUCCACAGACCUACCCCUGGAGCUCAGGCGGCGAACCGAAGAGCUCUGUGCUACCAUUGAUAAGGUCUUGCAGGAUUCCUUGUCUAUGCAUUCUUCUGAUCAUUCUUCAAGGUCUCCACAGCGGACAUUGCUGGGUUCUGAAACAGCCAAAACUCCUCCAACUCUUCCGCGAGCAGCUGGUCGAGAAACCAAAUAUGCCUGCCUCUCCUCCGCGUCCUCCGCGUCCUCCACGGCGUCUGCGGGGCAGCUGACUAAGCCUGGAGUAAUCCGCCCAGUACCUAUGAAGUCCAGAAUAUUACUGAAGAAAGAAGAAGAAGUCUACGAGCCUAACCCUUUCAGUAAAUAUCUGGAUGAUAACAGUGGCCUCUUCUCGGUACAGGAUGUGGCAGUCCCUCCCCAGCCUGUUUCGCUGCAGCCUUUCCACCAGACGAAGCUCUACCCUCCCGCCAAAUCUCUGCUGCGCCCGCAGGCCGCCUUGCACACCGACUGCCUCAGCCCAGGGCCCUUCGGGCGUUUGUCCUCCUCCUCCCUGCGCGAUGAGCAGACCGCCCCCACCCUCCUUGGCCACGCGGAGUCCACCAAGCUGAGUCGUCCCAUGGUGGCGAUUCCUGAACACGAAGCUCUUGAUUCCCAAGAGGUAAGUGUCAGGCAUGCGUGGAGGGCCGUUCUCUGCAUGACCUAG